CUGUGCCAUGAAAAGUCUGGUAAGUUGCAGUCUAUUUAACCAGAUGCUACUCUAGAAUCUUUACUUCUCAUCCUCCAUGGUCAUGGCUGCAACUUCUCUUACAGCAGUGCGAAGCAGCACCAGGGUUUCAAAAUUGCUUUUCUCGAGCCCUGCUGGGCUUUCAUCGUUCUCCCGACAUGAAAAGUCUAUGGAAGUGAAGCGUGGGGAUUCCUUGGGGCUGUUAAAGUCUGAAAAUUUGGGGCAACGCGUAUAUCCUGUCACUCGCAGGAAAUUGCACAGCUCAGCGCAAGCAUCGGCAUCAGAACCGCCUAAAAAAUCAGUUCAGGAGCUUUAUGUCUACGAGAUCAAUCACUUGGACAGAUCCAGCCCUGCUUACCUUCGUCUCAGUCAAAAGCCUGUCAAUCAUCUGGGGGAUUUGGUGCCAUUCAGCAAUACGCUUUACAGUGGUUGCCUGCAGAAGCGUGUAGGUAUCACAGCCGGGAUCUGUGUUCUAAUCCAGAACUUCCCUGACAAACAGGGAGAUCGAUAUGAAGCAAUCUACAGCUUUUACUUCGGAGAUUACGGCCACAUAAGUGUGCAGGGGGCUUAUCUGACAUACGCGGAAUCUUACCUUGCAAUUACUGGUGGGAGUGGGAUCUUCAAUGGAGUGAGGGGUCAGGUGAAGCUGAAUCAGAUCGUCUUUCCAUUCAAGCUCUUCUACACUUUUUACUUGGAAGGAAUCCCAAAAUUGCCUGAUGAUCUGCUGGGAGAGCCGGUGGCCCCUGCCCCAGAUGUAGAGCCCGCACCCGCUGCCAGGGCUGUGGAACCCCAUGCCUGUGUGCCAUCUUUUACAGUAUGAAACAUGUCAAAUAGUGAUACUGUGUGCUAUUGCCAUUGCCACUGUAUCAUUUAAAUUUAGGAUUUCAUAGUGUUGUGGUUUUAGGGAAUGAUUUGAAGGAAUAGCUAUGGUAUGACCGUUGGCCAUGUUGGAGGCUGUGGCUUUGAACUCGGGUUUCCGGCCGGAGGCUGUGGCUUUGUACUCGGGUUUCCGGCCCCAAUGGCUUGGCUUGGAUUCUACAGUGGUAGAGUAAAUAAAUUGUCAGUAGAUAAUCCUGUAAAGAAUUUCACAUGCAUGUUCACUCGUGAAUGUGUUGAUCAAUGAUUAUAGGACAAGUUGUGCCAAACUAUUCAUUUUUA